ACAAAAGAUGAAGGAAUUAGAGAAAGAUUGUUCUGGAUUUGUUUAUUGUUGGACGUUAAAUGUGAUAAAUCUGUUCCUACGUAGGCAAAUAAUUAAUUUGUUCCUUAUAGUUGUGGUUUCGUGUGUAUUUUUAUGUCAAGGCGCUUUUGCACAUACUUAUACCAUAGAGAGACUCUUGAAUACAAAGUUCCCUCAUAAAGUGUCCAAUGAUAUCUAUCUCGAUCCAUGUAAAUCAGAUGAAUUUAUAGGAGACAUAGCUCUUAGCAGGUUUGAGAAUGAAGAGUAUGAUCACGAACUUACCGAACAAAAUAAACAAGAGCAAAAUGGGAAGAUGAAACAAGAAUUACAUGUGAAAGACACAACUGAAACUAACUUACCUGACCUGAAGACUUACCAGAGCCCGGGACCUUCUCAAUCCUCGCGAAAAACGAACAGAAAUGUGCGUAGAAGACACAAAUCUUUUCGCACUCGACGAAAAGAUAGUUUUCAAAGGAAAUUACAUUCUGAUUAA